CUUUCUCCCUAGCUCAGCUCAGUUCAUAUAUACUUCACCAAAACCUACUCCCCAUAUUCUACUAUGCAAUUCUGAUCUACCUCAUCCAACAACUUUAUUCUAUGCAUGCAUGUACCACUAAUUACUUAAUUAUUAGUGUGCUGUUUUGAUUGUUGUGAUUAAUUGUCAUUAAGAUAGAUCAAAUGAUGUCUCAACAUGGUUCCACCAGAGAUGGUGUUUCCCUCACUCUCAGAGAGCUUCUUCAGACGCCCGCCGGCGAUGGAAACAGCAGCCACAAUGACCACCGCCAUAUUCUUGAGCUGUAUGAUCAUGACCCAUUCCCUAGCUCCCCGUUUCCGUUUGUCCUGUCGUUCCACAAUCUCUACUACGCCGUGAAAGUCCGCCGCCGGGGAGUUAUUAGGACAUCGCCGGAGAACAACGUGAAGGUGCUCCUUGACGGCGUCUCCGGUGAGGCCAGGGAGGGGGAGAUCACGGCGGUUCUCGGAGCAAGCGGGGCCGGGAAAUCGACCCUCAUCGACGCCCUGGCCGGCCGGAUAUCCCGGGGAAGCCUCGGCGGGACGGUGACCAUGAACGGCGAGGUUCUUGAAUCGAAGCUCCUCAAGGCGAUCUCCGCCUACGUCAUGCAAGACGACCUCUUGUUUCCGAUGUUGACCGUCGAGGAAACGCUGAUGUUCGCCGCCGAGUUCCGGCUGCCCCGCACCCUCCCCCACUCCCGGAAGAAGGCAAGAGUCGGAGCACUGAUCGAGCAGCUGGGACUGAAAGCCGCGGCCAGGACUGUGAUCGGCGACGAGGGUCACCGGGGAAUCUCCGGCGGAGAGCGCCGCCGCGUCUCAAUCGGGACCGACAUAAUCCACGACCCCAUCGUCCUCUUCCUCGACGAGCCCACUUCCGGACUCGACUCUACAAGCGCAAACAUGGUGGUCAAAGUCUUGCAGAGAAUCGCAAAGAGUGGGAGCAUUGUGAUCCUGACCGUCCAUCAGCCUAGUUACAGAAUCCUGAGCCUUCUCGACCGUCUGAUCUUUCUCUCAAAAGGCCAGACAGUUUUCAACGGCUCUCCGUCGUCUCUCCCGACAUUCUUCCGAGAAUUCGGGAACCAGAUUCCGAAGAAUGAAAAUGUCUGUGAAUUUGCUCUUGAUUUCAUUAGGGAACUUGAACAAUCCCCUCAGGGAACGAGGAAUCUUGUGGAAUUCAACAAAUCUUGGCAGUCAACUUCACUCUCCAGCAUGGUCAACGCUAACAAUGUUGUCCCAAAACCACCACAUCUUAAAGAAGCCAUAAGGGCAAGCAUUUCAAAGGGUAAACUGGUGACAAACAGUGAUGGCAAUGGGAAUGUCCAGAAAUUCGCCAAUCCGGUUUGGGUGGAAAUGGUGGUUAUAGGGAAACGGUCAAUGGUCAACGCCGUGAGAAUGCCCGAACUCUUCGGGAUGCGGUUCGGGGCGGUUAUAGUGACCGGAGUCAUACUAGCCACCAUCUUCUGGAAGCUGGAUGAUUCCCCAAAAGGGGUUCAGGAGAGGUUAGGGUUCUUCGCUUUCGCCAUGUCCACCACGUUCUACACGUGUGCUGACGCAAUUCCUGUUUUCCUCCAGGAAAGGGACAUUUUCAUGAGGGAAACUUCCCACAACGCCUAUCGUCGAUCUUCGUAUGUCCUCUCUCACUCUAUAAUCUCCCUCCCGUCCCUAGCCUUCCUCUCGAUUGCCUUCGCGACAACCACCUACUGGGCCGUGGGCCUGGCAGGUGGGAUCCCGGGCUUCUUUUUCUUCUUGCUCUUCAUAUUCGCGUCCUUCUGGGCAGGUUCGUCCUUCGUGACGUUCCUGUCUGGGGUGAUCUACAAUGUCAUGGUGGGGUACACUGUGGUCGUGGCGAUCCUCGCCUACUUCGUCCUCUUUAGCGGGUUCUUCUUAAGUAGAGACAGAAUCCCGCCUUACUGGAUAUGGUUCCACUACGCGUCGUUGGUGAAAUACCCCUUCCAAGGGGUUUUGCAAAACGAGUUUGGCGACUCAAAGAGGUGUUUUGUGAAGGGUGUCGAGAUAUUCGAGGGGUCUCCAUUGAAUGGCGUCCCGAAAGAGAUGAAGCUGAAGCUGCUGGAGAAGAUGAGUGAGACGUUGGGGAUGAAUAUUACUGCGUCAACUUGUUUGACCAAUGGGACUGAUAUACUGAAGCAGUCUGGGCUCACUGAUCUUGACAAAUGGAGUUGCCUUUGGGUCACCAUUGCUUGGGGUUUUUUCUUUAGGAUUCUCUUUUACUUUACUUUGUUGGUUGGAAGCAAAAACAAGAGAAAGUAGUUCAAUGGCACAUGGCAAUGACUCAGUCUAGCUAACCAGAAGAUACAUAUUUCAAUCUGAUCUCACUCUUAGCUGCAAAGACAAAAAUAAUAAUAUAUGGAGUAGUCUAAUUAUUAGUGACAUAUAUAUAGCUACCUUGCUCAGUUUGUAAAAUAUUAAUAAAUCAAAACUUUAAUUUAACUUGCUCUUGUUUUAUAGGGGGGCUUAUGAGGAAUCUAUUUGCAUUUAGUUUACAUGUUAUAACUACUUUAUAAAGUGUAAGUUUGUGAGAAAUAUUAAAAUGAAAGUGGAAUAGUGAUCCA